GACAUUUGCAUGCAUGUGUGUGUGUGUGUAUGAUUGUGUGUGGGUGUAGCAGUCGUCGCAGCAGCAGCAGCCCAGCUCCAUCGUGUGUGCUUUUGAACUUCGGAAUACGCUCGUAUCGUUUCGUAGCAUUGGAGUAACAGCAUUCGCCUACGCAGCAGCAGCAGCAGCAGCAACAACAACAAAACCAAAGGAAGCGGUUUAAAGAAUGCAUGGGCAUGCACAAAAGUACAAGACCGAGCGAGAGAGAAAGAGCGAGACUGCGAGAAAGAGAGCAAAGAAAUGCAAAUGCCAAAAAAAGCCAAAAGAAAUUUGAAAUAAGUGCAACGGGUUUUUAAUUGUAAUUCACAAGGCACAAGACGCAAUAAACAAGAACACAAAAUUUAUGCCAGUGAUCAAGCACAGCACCAGCACAGUGUAUGUAGAGAGAGGGACGAAGGAGAAGUAGAGAGAAAGAGAGAGAGAGAGAGAGAGCGCGCGCAUGCCAAAAACAGAUCACGUCCAUUUUAAAGCUAUCGUUGUUCCUUUGUUGUUUUUGUUGCGCGCCCCCGCCAAAGCCUAAACGUCGCCUUGUUCCUUUUGUUGUUGCGCUUGUGGACGUCGACAUCGUAAUAUGGAUUGUGGUGCUCUUGCCGCGCAGCAGCAGCAACAACAACAACUACUACUAAAACAGCAAUUACAACAACUACAAGAGCAGCAGCAGCAACAUUUACCACAACAACAACGCCUAUACAAUUGCCUUGAGGAAUCAGCAACAACAAAUAUUAAUCACUUAGCUAGCCAGGGGAUCAUCGUUGGCGCCGCUGCCAGCGACGGUUCACAGGCAGCAGCAGCAGCAGCUGGAGCUGCUCAGCAGCAGCAGAGUCCGCAGCACAAAUUGUUGUUGGCGGGCAGCGGAGGAGCGGGUGCGGCAGUUGUUGGAGCUGAGUGUGUAAACGGCGCCGGCGCCGUCAAGUUGCGCAAUCGAACGACAACGCCAGACGCUGCCAAGUCGCACGCCUCGUAUCGCAUCUCCAUGGCCAAUUUGGAGGAUACACAAGAGUCCGAACUGGAUCUGAUAUUGGGUGAGCUGAGCUUGCUCGAUGCACAGGUUAGCUAUCAACACCAGCAGCUGCAGCAGCAGCAGCAGCAACAGCAGCAGCGGCAGCCAACGCCAGUGGGUGGACUACCAACGCCACCGCCACCGCCGCCAUCAGCAAUGUACUCCAGUUCGUCGGCCGCCUCGUCGCGCACUCACUCGCGCACCAACAGCAGCAUCUCGGGCGAUGUGAGCACCACCUCGGGUUGCUUCAGCUCCGCGGGCUCCAGCUCUGAGCAAACUCAAACAGCGCCCAAUCUGGCACUGGGCUUGGGCAUAACACUGGGCGUGGUCAGCUCACGUGAGCCGCGCACUGAAUCGCCAGACAAUGAUUCCGCCUUCAGUGAUACGGUCUCGCUGCUGUCCAGUGAGUCAUCCGCCUCCUCGAAUACUUCAAGCCAACAGCAGCAGCAGCAGCAGCAAAAGUUGCUGCAACAGCAACAGCAAUUGCUACAGCAAUGUGCCGGCAAUGCGCUUGGCGGCGGCAGCUCCAAGGCGGCCAAGAUUCAGCUGGCGCUGCACAAGCUCGAAAGCGCCUCCAUAAGGCGACUCUUUGUCAAAGCUUUCACUGCAGAUGGCGCGUCCAAGUCGCUGCUGGUGGAUGAGCGCAUGGGCUGUGGUCAUGUGACGCGCCUGCUGGCGGACAAGAACCACGUGCAGAUGCAGCCACAUUGGGCGCUCAUCGAGCAUCUGGGCGAUAUGCAAAUGGAGCGUCUGUUUGAGGAUCACGAGCUGCUGGUGGACAAUUUGAUGACCUGGAACUCGGAUGCGGGCAAUCGUGUGCUGUUCCAGCAGCGCGCCGAUAAGCUGGCGCUCUUCGCCAAGCCGGAGCUGUAUUUGCCGGGACCACAGCUGAUGCCGGGCUAUCAGCACGACGAGCAGACGCGCCACAUGCUGCUCGAGGAGUUCUUCGAGACGCAGUCGCAGUCGCAGCUGCAGCUCGAUGGGCCGCUCUACAUGAAGGCCGAUGCCAAAAAGGGCUGGAAGCGCUACCACUUCGUACUGCGCGCCUCCGGUCUCUACUAUUUCCCCAAGGAGAAGACGAAGAAUACGCGCGAUCUCGCCUGCCUGACGCUCUUCAGCGGCCACAAUGUCUACACGGGCAUUGGGUGGCGCAAGAAAUGGAAAUCGCCAACGGAUUACACCUUUGGCUUCAAGUCCGCCACGGACUCAUCGCUGGCCAAGUCCUGCCGCUCAUUGAAGAUGCUCUGCGCCGAGGAUGGCUACACGCUGGAUCGCUGGCUGACCGCCAUACGCAUCUGCAAAUAUGGCAAGCAGCUGUGGCACAGUCACAAGCUGCUGCUGGAGGAGCUGGGCGGCUCAUCGAAUGGGCUCGGCAGCUUUGCCGCCUCCAUGCGCAGCGAAUCGAUUUCGAGCAUCUCAUCGGCGGUGCCCAGUCAAUGUGGCAGCGUCUCCUCGGCAAUUAGCAGCAUGUCCAAUUCGAGUGGCCGCAUCUCGCGCGCCAGCAGCUCCAGCUCCAGCGGCUGUCUGUCGGAUGAGAACAACGCCUUCGACUCGGAGUUCACCACGGGCACCAUCAAACGCAAGCCCUCGAUGAAACCCAAUCUGCCGCUGACCACCAUGACGCGCCAGCUGAAGGAGGUGGGCGAGAUUACCACCGGCGCUGUGGCCGUUGCCACAGUUGCUGCCGGCUCAGCGGCUGUGGGCGACACACAUUUGGCUGCCUCGCCGGAGCGCAGCGGCACCUUGACGCGUCGUCACAGUCGCCGCAAGUCCCAGGAGAGCAAUGGCAGCGGCACGCUCAAGCGGCGUCCAGUGGUCGUCGUUGCUGCGCCAGCUGCAGUUAAGCGCGAUGUGCUGGACAGCGCUGGCUCCUCGUCCAGCUCCUCAAGCAACUCAACGCCUACGCCCACGCCCAGCAUUUGUGCCAAGGCAGCGGCGCCACCGCCGCCGCCGCCGCCUGCGCUAAGCGAUGUGGAGCUUAUGUGCUCAUCCACAUUGUCGCUCGACUCGCUGCCGCCGCCGCCGCCUGCGGAUGAGCAGGAUGUGUAUGGGUCGCAGCUGUCGCUGGCAUCGCUGCCGCCGCCACCGCCGCCCGAGGAGGUGCUGGCCUUUGCCGAGCCCACAACGCCCACACCCAUGUCCAUGUCCAUGGGCAUGGGCAUGGGCAUGUGUCUGGCCGGUCUGCCCAACAGCAAUGGCAGCCUGCCGCCUGCAGUGCCCGCCAAGCCCAUCAAACCAGCAGUUAAGCAAACACUCAAAGCGGCGCCGCCCUACAAAGCGCCGCCCGACUAUGUGCCCGCUGUGCCGGCACAUCCUGCAGCGCCAGCGCCGGCGCCUGUGCAAAAGAAAGUCUCGUUUGCCGACUCGCCGGUGCUGCUGCGUCGCAAGAUGUGCUCACCGGAGCCGCAGCUGCCGCUGCGCUCGCCCAGCACCGUCUUGAGUGCGCAGCCCAUUUACUCACCCGGUCCGCUGCUGCCGCCGCGCAGCGAUUUGCUGCGUCUGUCCAAUGGCAGCGAGUCUGCCUCGAUGAGCAGCACAUCGCCCAAGCGGCUGCAGGAGUCCGCAUCGAAUCCGCCGCGUGACUUCCUCAAGGAUCUGCAGCGCGUCAUGCGCAAAAAGUGGCAAGUGGCGCAGAAAUGCAAACUGGAGCCGGCGACAACGCCGCACGAGGUGCUCGGCUUUCGUGACUUCAACAACGAGGAUUUGCUGGCGGCGCACAAUCUCAACUCGGGCGCCAACUCCUCGCACUACUAUCGCGAGACGGCCAAUGUCAGUCACUGGGUGCAGGAGCACUACGAGUAUGCCCACAAUGAGUACGCGCUCUACGAGAAUGUCCAUGCCCAGAGCAAUGGCGGUGGCAAUACGCCCACCGCCACCGAUGCCGGGCCGCCUGCAGUGCCGCCGCCGGCGGCCAUAGCCGAUGCCAUGGCCGCUCUACGCAAGAAGCGUCCACCGCCGCCGCCGCCCAAGCGCAGCGACUCGACGCAUCUGACGCAUCGCGUCUAAACCACAAACUUGGUGUGCAUGCAUCGGGAUCUCUUCAAGCAGCAGCAGCAGCCACAGCCACAGCCACAACAAUUUCAUCAACAGCAGCAGCAGCAGCAGCAACACGGCAAAUUCCUAACUAAGAGCAACUAAACAAUUACGCUACAUAUAAAAUUCUAGUUUAUAAGCAAUUAUAUAAAGGCGUUGCCACGCCUACACACACACACACACACACAACUACAUACUCAAGUAUUAUAUUCAGUUUCAGUUUCAUUUUAA